AUGCCGUUCCCCUCCUCCAUCAGCCCUCCAGCCAUCUUUCCAAUCUACCUCCUCCCCUCCCUGCCCUUCCGACGCCGAUCGAGCACCUCGACCACCGUCCCAGACCUCUCCUCCUCACCAACGUCGCCAACAUCAUCGACGUCCUCCAGCCCGCCCGCCCCCUCCUACCUCGCCGACACGACCUCCCACCUCCGCUGCGCCCGCUGCCUCACCGACCUGGCCCCCUCCUCCAGCAUCAUCAGCAAAGGCUUCACGGGCCGCCACGGCCGCGCCUAUCUCGUCUCCCCACCCACGACCGCCCAGCUCCUCACUCUCGGCAUCCGGCCAUCGUCGAUCGCCCAGCGCGACCAGGGCAACCUGGUCAAUACGCACGUCCACAAGGCCGUCCCGAGACAGCUCGUCACGGGCGCGCAUACCGUGGCGGAUAUCAGCUGUGCGGUCUGUGGGAGCGUGGUAGGCUGGAAGUAUGUUGAUGCUGUGGAGGAGGGGCAGAGGUAUAAGGUGGGGAAGUUUAUUCUGGAGACGAGGAGGAUUUGUAGGGGGGUUAGUUGGGAGGAGGAGGGGGUGGGUGGGGGGUCGGUGGGGGGUGGAAGAGGGAAAGGAGGGGCCGAUGAGGAGGUCGAGUUUGAUAGUCAGGAUGAGGAUGAGUGUGAGGAUCUCUUCUCCGGGGUGUGGACGCCGCAGUUGGCGCUGAAGCGGAGGACGGCGAGGGAUAGGAGGAGGGGUUGGAUGGAACGGGGAGAUUAA